CUCCUCUCCAGCCGCCGGUCGCUGCUCUGCGGUGGCCAGCUCUUCCUUAUGCUGGCACCCCCGACCCCAGAGACCGCGGUCCCCAUGUCCCAGGCAGAGGCCGACCUGGCUCUGCGGCCCCCGCUGCCGCUCGCCGCCGCGGGGCCGCCCCGCCUGGGGCCCCCUCCUCGCCGGGUGCGCCGCUUCUCGGGGAAGGCUGAGCCCCGGCCGCGCUCUUCCCGUCUCAGCCGCCGCAGCUCAGUCGACUUGGGGCUGCUGAGCUCUUGGUCCCAGUCCGCCUCACCCGUUCCGGAGUCCCCAGAUCCUCCGGGCGCUGCUGGUCCCGGCCCCCCGGGAAGCCCACCGCCUAGCUCCAAAGAGCCCCCAGAGAGCACAUGGACCGAAGGAUCCCCGGGGAACGCCGCGGAUUCCACCCACCCGGAGCCCGCGGGCUCCGCGAGAGGCCCCGGAUCCAGGGAACCGCCGAGGGUCUCCGAAGCCGAGGCCCUGGAGCGGCAGCGGGAACAAGAGGAAAAGGAGGACACCGAGACCCAGGCGGUGGCCACGUCCCCGGACGGCCGAUACCUUAAAUUUGACAUCGAGAUUGGACGUGGCUCGUUCAAGACGGUGUAUCGAGGGCUGGACACCGACACCACCGUGGAGGUGGCCUGGUGUGAGCUGCAGACCCGGAAACUAUCUCGAGCUGAGCGGCAGAGAUUCUCAGAGGAGGUGGAGAUGCUCAAGGGACUGCAGCACCCCAAUAUUGUCCGCUUCUAUGACUCAUGGAAAUCAGUGCUGAGGGGCCAGGUUUGCAUCGUGCUGGUCACCGAACUCAUGACCUCGGGCACGCUUAAGACGUACCUGAGGCGGUUCCGCGAGAUGAAGCCCCGAGUCCUUCAGCGCUGGAGCCGUCAGAUCUUGAGGGGGCUUCAUUUUCUACACUCCCGGGUACCCCCCAUCCUGCACCGCGACCUCAAGUGCGACAACGUCUUUAUCACAGGCCCUUCUGGCUCAGUCAAAAUCGGAGACCUGGGCCUGGCCACGCUCAAGCGCGCUUCCUUUGCCAAGAGUGUCAUUGGUACCCCGGAGUUCAUGGCCCCAGAGAUGUACGAGGAAAAGUAUGACGAGGCGGUGGACGUGUACGCGUUCGGCAUGUGCAUGCUGGAGAUGGCCACCUCCGAGUACCCUUACUCCGAGUGCCAGAAUGCUGCGCAAAUCUACCGCAAGGUCACUUCGGGCACAAAGCCCAACAGCUUCAACAAAGUGAAGAUGCCUGAGGUGAAGGAGAUCAUUGAAGGCUGCAUCCGCACGGAUAAGAACGAGAGGCUCACCAUCCAGGACCUGCUGGCUCACGCCUUUUUCCGCGAGGAGCGCGGCGUGCACGUGGAGCUGGCGGAGGAGGACGACGGUGAGAAGCCGGGUCUCAAGCUCUGGUUGCGCAUGGAGGACGCGCGGCGCGGGGGCCGUCCGCGGGACAACCAGGCCAUCGAGUUCCUGUUCCAGUUGGGCCGGGACGCCGCCGAGGAGGUGGCGCAGGAGAUGGUGGCCCUGGGCUUGGUCUGCGAGGCUGACUACCAGCCAGUGGCCCGUGCAGUGCGUGAACGGGUGGCCGCCAUCCAGCGAAAGCGAGAGAAGCUACGGAAAGCUAGGGAGUUGGAGACCCUGCCCCCUGUGCCAGGACCCCCACCAGCAACUGGCCCCAGGGUUCCUGGUCCCCCCAGUGUCUUCUCCCCUGAGUCUGAGGAGCCAGAGGCAGACCAGCAUCAGCCCUUCUUGUUCCGCCAUGCCAGUUACUCAUCUACCACCUCGGAUUGCGAGACUGAUGGCUACCUCAGCUCCUCUGGCUUCCUGGAUGCCUCAGACCCUGCCCUUCAGCCCCCUAUCGGGGUGCCAUCCAGCCCCGCUGAGCCCCAUCUCUGCCUGCCCUCGGCGUUUGCCCUAUCCAUUUCACAUUCUGGCCCUGGCAGUGACUUUCCCCCUGGAGACAGCUAUGCCUCAGAUGCAGCAGCAUCAGGUCUUAGCGACGUGGGAGAAGGGAUGGGACGGAUGAGAAGACCACCAGGGAGAAAUCCCCGGCGUAGACCCAGAUCCCGGCUUCGGGUCACUAGUGUCUCAGACCAGAAUGACAGAGUGGUUGAGUGCCAGCUCCAGACGCACAACAGCAAGAUGGUGACCUUCCGAUUUGAUCUGGAUGGGGACAGCCCAGAAGAGAUUGCAGCUGCCAUGGUUUAUAACGAGUUCAUUCUGCCCUCGGAGCGAGCUGGAUUCCUGAGCCGGAUUCGGGAGAUUAUACAGCGAGUGGAGACUCUGCUGAGGAGAGAUACUGGUCCUGUGGAGACUGCCGAUGAUCCCCUGAGUCCCCAGGGGGAGCCAGCGCCCUUGCCUGUGACCCCCGGACCUCUCCCAGACCCCACCAAUGCAGAGCUCCAGAGCAGCACCUCCCUGGAGCAGAGUUGCUGGGCAGCCUUCGCUACCUCCCCAUCUUCUCCAGGAACUCCCUUUCCCCCUGGAACCUCUGUGUUGCCCAUCACUUCUCUCACAUGUCAUCCCAGCCCCUCCCCAUUCUCCCCAAUGUCUUCCCAGGACUCCUCAAACCUCUCUCCACCCUCUCCUGGCCCUCCACUUCUAUUCUCCCCCUGUGCAUCCCAGUUCCCAGCCUCUCAGUUUCCUCAGAGUUCUCUCCCCAGCUCUCCACUUGCGUUCUCUCCUAGCUGUUCCCAGGUCACCCCGACUCCUCCUCCUUUUGCUGCAUGCCCCCCAGAUUCUCCCCUCCCGUCCACCACAGCCACUCCUCUCCUCUCUCUGGCUAGUGCCUUCUCCCUGGCGGUGAUGACCGUGGCCCAGUCCCUGCUGGACUCCUCCCCUGGGGUCCCUUCCCAGUCUCCUCUAGCCCCUCCAGGUCCCCUACCUAGCCUGCCCCCACCCCCUCCCCUUGCUCCUUGUGACCAGGAGAGGCUUUCACUCCUGACAACUGAGGUGGAGAGUGAGGCCUCUCCCAAUCCAGCUCGGCCACUGCUGGGUGAAGCUAGACUAGCACCCAUCUCUGAAGAAGGAAAGCCCCAACUUGUUGGGCGUUUCCAAGUGACUUCAUCCAAGGAACCAGCUGAGCCCCUGCAACCAACAUCUUCAGUCCACUCUGGUUCUCUGAAGCCUCCUACUCCUCAGCUGACCUCAGAGAGCUCAGACACAGAAGACAGUGCUGGAAGUGGGCCAGAGGCCCGGGAAGCUCUGGCCGAGAGUGACCGUGCAGCCGAAGGCCUGGGGGCUAGAAUUGAGGAGGAAGGGGACGAUGGGAAGGAAUCCAGAUUGGGGGGCAGUCCCCCACCCCUGAGCCAUCCCAGCCCAGUAUGGAUGAAUUACUCGUACAGCAGCCUGUGUCUGAGCAGUGAGGAGUCAGAGAGCAGUGGGGAGGAUGAGGAGUUCUGGGCUGAGCUGCAGAGUCUUCGGCAGAAGCACUUGUCAGAGGUGGAGGCACUACAGACACUACAGAAAAAGGAAAUUGAGGACUUGUACAGCCGGCUUGGGAAGCAGCCCCCACCGGGUAUAGUGGCACCAGCGGCUAUGCUGUCCAGCCGCCAGCGGCGCCUCUCCAAGGGCAGCUUCCCUACCUCCCGCCGAAACAGCCUGCAGCGCUCAGAGCCCCCAGGCCCUGGCAUCAUGCGAAGGAACUCCCUGAGUGGCAGCAGCACCGGCUCCCAGGAGCAGCGGGCAAGCAAGGGGGUGACAUUCGCCGGGGAUGUUGGCAGGAUGUGAAUUCAGAACAGAAGCCAUGUGUCUCUCCCACACCAAGAACCACCAUGGAGCUUGUGCUCUCAGAAGCUGCUGACCAACAGAACUGCGCAAGGGAGGCCCCCGCACAGAGGGAGUAGAAGGCCAGAGGGGCAUGGACAGUGCUGCUCUGCUGCAGAGGAGCCGAAUGUGGGAACUAUUUGCUGUGUGCAGAGGUGUUGGCCCUACAGCCUGCCACGCUCAUCCUGUCACCUCCCCAGCUCAGGGUCAACCACUAAGCAGUCCCACCCAAGUCCAAGUGCUUCUAGAGGGUGCAGUCCCAGAUGGGCAAACAGAGGGGGUGUUCUUACACCAGAAUUAACAACCAAUAAAAAUGCUGGAAACCAGG